ACCACGGGGCGAGCCUUUCGACUCAGUUUUAACGCGCACGUUUUAUGAAACGACAACUAUGCCUCGAUGUUCGCUCGCUGCCGAUAUUUAUUCAUAUCGGAACCUCUAGCUACGAAAAUAGCAUCGCGGUAAAUAAAUUCGCGGUUUUCAUUGGUGGCACGGAGUACUGAUAAUUUUUUAAUUUUUUUCGCACACGUUAUUUUUUGUCGCCCGCCAGUGUUUUGCAAAUCUUACAAGUAGUUAAUCAUAGUUUAUUUAUACCGCGCAACGUGUGUUAGUAAAAUUGGGGCCUCGUGAUUUGUUUUUACAACUACAUUGCCAAUUUAUAGUGAUAAACAAUAUUUGAAAUAAAAUUUUUAGUUAAACCAGGGAUGAAAAACUAAAGCUAUAAUAUUUUGAAGUCUAGUUUGAAAAAAAAUUUUUGGCCGUAAGUUGUGACUUGUGAACUAUCACUAAAAGUUUCCCUUUAAAUCGGUGUAUUUUAUAUAAAAUUGUAACUGAAAAUUCGCGCGUUUUAAAGUUUGAAAUUUAAGUUUGAAUUUCGGCGGGAGCGCUCAGAGGUGCUAAGGAGUUCGGGACCGAAAGUUUUAAAAAGUGUUGAGCACACAUCAAAUACGAGUGUUUUUUCAACGCGUUUUCGAGGCUAAGCGCUAGUUGUUUGAACAAGUGUGUUUUCUAAUGGAUUUAUUUUAAGAUUGAUUUCAAAACAUUCGAGACGAUCCGCGCCUCAGUCAGAGCUCGGCAGAGGUGCGCCGCAGGGUUCCAUACUCGGACCCUCGUUCUUCCACGCGUAUACAAGUGACUCAAAGGCUUCAGACAAAUCUGAAAUUGGAUGUGUCAUCGCAACGAUGUCGAAUCCAAUAUAAAUGAAACGACGCCAAUGGUGCAAAUACCUUCACGGGGUCCCGAGCCGGCACUGAACACAAGCCCGGGUGGUGCAGCCAAGCCGCCGCCUCUUAACUCAUUCGAACUGGACCGCUGUUUGGACAGAGACGAGUCCGGCAGGUGGGGCGAAGCGGCGCGGCGGCGCCGACGCAGCUCCCCACCGAGACGAUCGCCACCACGCGAAAAUGAACCACUCUCUCUUGCCAGGGCGUCGGCACCAACAUCCCCAUCGGCUGGGUCACCACAAUCCAGCCCAGCCCCGGUUUCCCCAGCUGGCAGUAGCACCACACCCAGGUCGCCACUACCGCUGGUAGCUCCCGACCUCCUGGCGAUGCAGCUGCUCGACCAGCACUCCCAAUUGCAGGCGUUGAUGAAACAGCGGUUAUUCCACCAGCAUCAGAUGCAGAAACAGCACAUGUCUUCGGAGGCGGCUAAGCGGCAGUUGGAGCAGUCAAGACUUCAGGAGCAAAUCAAUCUCAACCUGCUCUCACAGUCUCAUCUACAGCCUCCAGAUAGCUCACCAGGAUCUCUCCAGCAACAGUUGGGAGCUCAACAGCAGCAGCUCGUGCAGCAACUGCAGGCGGUGCAGCGACAGUACCUCAUGCACGGACCACUCUCUGUGCCACCUAACGCUCCACCAGGUACGGCAAUUAAUGGUUUGAUGCUAUGGGGCAAUGAGUUGGAGGAGCAUCCCCUGUUUGGUCGCGGUGUCUGCAAAUGGCCCGGCUGUGAUGCAUUGGUUGAAGAUUUUCAAGCAUUCCUCAAGCACCUGGAAGGCGCUCACACUCUCGACGACAGAUCGGCAGCUCAGGCUCGUGUCCAGAUGCAGGUGGUGGCUCAACUGGAACUGCAGCUGCGGCGGGAGCGCGACCGCCUGGCCGCCAUGAUGCGUCACUUGCAUGCUGCUAGAGACCACCAUCACAAGCAUAACCAUGGUACUGCCAGCGAAGGUGCCUCACCUGGCCCAGUGAGACGUCGUGUUUCUGACAAGUCUGGCGUCGCCAUUGCUGGUGAAAUCCAACGCAACCGCGAGUUCUACAAGAGCGCGGAUGUUCGGCCUCCAUUUACCUACGCCUCUUUGAUCCGACAGGCCAUCAUUGAAUCUCCUGACAAGCAGCUCACACUGAACGAGAUCUACAACUGGUUCCAAAGCACCUUCUGCUACUUCCGACGAAAUGCUGCGACGUGGAAGAAUGCGAUCCGGACGAACCUGUCGCUCCACAAAUGUUUCGUGCGCUACGAGGACGACUUCGGCUCGUUCUGGAUGGUGGACGACGCCGAAUUUGUGAAAAGACGACAUCUGAGUCGAGGGAGGCCGAGAAAGUAUGAGCCAUCGCCCGGGACCAACGCAGCCCCCCAACAAUUCAUGGGAGCUCAAAGUCCUCCAAUGAUGACAAGUCCUCAUGGAUACAGCGAAGCGUUAAAGAGAAAUCUGCAGGGCAUGAUGGAGGACUGCAAUCUCUCUUAUAUUUCUGGCGACGACCAUAUGAUGCAGACUGAUGAUUACGCAUCAUCACACGAAGAAUACAGUCGUCCACCAAUCAUGAAUGGUUAUGGAAACAGCAGCUCGUCCCACGAUGUCAAAGCUGAAGAUCUGAGUGCAAAUGAAGUUCAAGAUAUCAAACCAAACUUAUACAAUCUGAAGAAUGAAAUGCAAGCUUCUGAUUACUCCAACAAAGAUUACCCGAAUUCCAACAAGGAAUCGUCCAGCCACCGGCCCAGUGAAACAAGUCACUACAAUGAAUACAACCGCGAGGACAGAUACCGCGCGUCCAUGUCCCACAAUAUCAAAGAUGAGGCUGAAAACCUUUCGCUUAACGAGCAGAGAUCUGACAAAUAAACCAAUUGGACAGAGCAUCCAAAAAAGAGGCUGAAUACACUUCUAAAUUCUUUUCGGAGGCUUGUUCUUCCAUUGAAGAUACCAAUAAUUUCAACAUUGUAACAGCAUUUAUUUUAAAGAAUGCUAAUUUUAAGCGAAGUGACCAUAGACGUGUUUCAGUCUGUGACUUUGUGUAUAGCAAUAAAGUGAUUUGUGGAAACGAAUUUCUUGUGGAAUCAGUAGACUAGAUUUAGGUCUAAUAUCACAGUAUAUAAUACAAUAUUAAUAUUUACGGGUUUAGCUCUACUUCAUGUUAUUAGGACGUUUAUGUGUUCACUGUUGGAAUUUUGUAUCGCGAGUUAGGUAACCAAAUAUUUUUUGUUUAUUUUUGCCCGGUUUUAUCGGGAUUCAAGUAUUAUAGGUUAAAUUUGUUUCUAAGGACAUUCUCUAGGUUAUAAGUACUAGACUUAGAUGAGAGAUCAGCAUAAACCUUAAAAGGUCCAUAUCAAUAUUUAAAAUAUUAUAUAAUACAUGUAUAAGAACAAUAAGUAGACGUAUUGAAUAUGAAUGAUUCGAUUUGCUUCAUGAUUUGCGCCUAGCGUUUUAGUUGGAGUGUUUCCUUGAACUCGCUACUUAUCAACAUUUAUGUAAUGUGAUCUCAAUAUUUUUUCCACAAUUAAUUUGCGCAUGAUUUUACUUCCUCUCUAAAUACUUUUUUUAGUACUUGUUUAAAUGUUUUUCUGAUUUAAAUAUAAUAUAUUGGAGAAUUUCUGUAUAAUUUUGAUUGCUGGACUACAAUGAUUAAAGUAUGUCUAGAAAAUCACAUAUUUUAAUUUAUGUCACGCUAUCGGAUUCUUUUGUGGUUUCUGUAAUGUCAUUUAAUUUUCGAUGAUUAAAAUAUAAUUUAAUUUUGUCAAAUCUGAUUUAGAUUGGCCAUUAAAUUCAUUUUGAUUUGGGGGGUAGUUGUAAAAUAAUGCAUUUCGUUUUUAGGUUACAUAAAACAUUGAGUUUGUAGGAAUUGAUCGAUGAUCUGAAAGAUGUUUAAUAGUAGUUUAGCGUGCCAUAGGACAUGGUAUUUGUGAUUCUGUGGAAUUGUUUUUUAGGUGUAAAUAUUCGUUUAUCGAGCGAUGUAAAUUGUUUAAGAAAUUUAAAUCCUAGCCAUAAGCGUUUACUUAUAAAUAUUGCAUAUUAAAUCGUUCAUGUUGUAGAAAAUUUAGAAUUAAAUAUUAUAGUAGUAGUAAAAUUUUCACUGUAUUUCGACGAUUUUGUGAUUAUUUGAAGUUUUUUUAUUGGUACACUUAGUGACGAAAGUGUUCAUAAUAAUUAUUAAAUUUUUAUUCUUGUCCUUGUUAAAGUAUGGAACAAUAUUUUCCGACAUUAUUUGACAUUUUUUUUUUGUUGUUAACAUAAUUUGAUUUGCGUAACCAUCAAACAGUCGUCACUAUAAUAACUUAUACCAAUUUAUUCCAUAACUAAGGGUGGAAAUAAUCAUAUCACAGUUAUUAUGUACUUAUAGAAAUAAAUAGUACUAAUCGACUUUCAAAUUUGCAUUUAACUUUUAGAAUUACGUACUUUCAUAAUGAAAGUUUUUAGCUGGAGACACAAUGUAAAACAAGAUCUGAUACGCGUUUUAAAGUGAAAUCAAACGUUUACGCAUGUCGCGACCUACCGGCCUAAGAUG